AUGCUGAAGCAGAUAGUCAUCCAUAGGAUACUGCUGUUGUUUCCAAAUGCAAUUGCUCACAAAUGCAUGCUGAUGCUGAUGUUUAUCUUAGUUUUGGGGGUCAUUUACUUCACUUCAAAAGGCCACACAAAGUUCUCCUUCAGUUUGAGAAACCGUAUUGCCAAGAAACAAGGGGAAACAUCACCUACGGAGACUGAGCUGAGAAUAAAGGAGAUCCUAGGGAGACUAGACCAGCUGAUUCCGCCCAGACCCUUCACCCAUGAGGACACCACAACCAGUGCCACACACAGCACAGCCACCAUCCUUAACCCUAGGGACACAUACUGCAGGGGGGACCAGCUGGACAUCCUGCUGGAGGCCAGGGACCACCUGGGACGCAGGAAGGAAUAUGGAGGGGACUUCCUUUCCAAGAUAGGAGUUGAAAUGAUGAAGAACUUCAACUCCAUCAAGGUGUUGCCAUGUAACAAGAGUGAAAACAUAAAAAAGAAAUGUCAGAUUGGAAUGAAGAAUCCCUCCCCCAGUGGUUACACGUUGGAGAGAAGUUGGAUUUCAGCAUUUUGCAAACAGAUCAAGUUCAAUACAAUGCAAGAUAUAAGUGACUGCUUGAAAAUGAAAUUUAUUUACCUCCUGGGAGACUCAACACUGCGCCAGUGGAUGAAUUAUUUCCUAAAAGUUGUGAAAACCUUAAAAUAUUUUGAUCAUCCAGGAACCGGGUUCUUUAAAACACAUGUUCUUCUGGAUAUCGAAAGAAAAAUCUUGAUUCAGUGGAAAAAACACAGUCAUCCAUUUGUUACUGAAAAGCUGUACUCUGUGAGAAAUGAAAAGUAUAUCCAACAGGAAAUUGACCAAGUGCCAGGGGACGAUGACAUGGUAAUUGUCAUUACCCUUGGCCAACACUUCAGACCCUUUCCCAUCAACAUUUUUAUCCGUAGGGCCAUCAAUAUUCAAAAAGCCAUUAAACGUUUAUUUUUGAGAAGCCCAGGGACCAAAGUGAUUCUUAAAACUGAAAACACCAGGGAGAUACAUGAAAAUACUGAGAUGUUUAGUGACUUUCAUGGCUAUAUUCAGAAUCUUAUCAUGAAAGAUAUUUUUGUGGAUCUCAAUGUGGGUAUUAUUGAUGCUUGGGACAUGACAAUUGCAUAUUCCACUAAUAAUAUCCAUCCACCUGAUUAUGUUAUUGAAAAUCAGAUUGGCAUGUUUUUAAACUACAUUUGCUAG